AGGGCUGGGACGGCCCGUCCCGGAGGAACAAGGGCAACUCCGGCUCGUUCGGACGUUCGCCAGCUCCACGCCCAACUCCCCAGGCCGUUUGCUUCUCCGCGAAUCGCUCGCCAGAGCCAGCCGGCGCCUCCCCGGCGGUUUUGGUUCCAGCCCGCUUCGCGGUUGUGCAAGCAGCUGCAACCGCAGAAGAAACGAAACUGUUCGCAGCCGCGGGAAUUGAAAGCAGCCCAGCCCAACCGCCUGGACCUCGACCUCGCCAGGGAACACAAAGACCCUUGCUGCCGCCCCGUCGCUGGGACAAGCCGGGAGAGUGUCUGGUUGGUCCCCAGCCCGCGCUCAAGAGAUCCGUCGGUGGCGUCCGUGGUCUCGCCCGCCUUGGCUGUAAGGCAGUUCAAAGAGGGACAGGAUGAGCUAGAGACCGGCCCAAGCCCCGAAAAGUGCUCAGCUGGUCUGAACUGCAUCCAUUCCAGGUUGGAUUGUAGGCUCCAGAGGGCGGAGACUUCUUCUCUGCUUCGCCAGGCACCGUAUGUGAUACGGAGGGGCGUUACCACCCCUUGAAAAACAAGCGCAAAGAGCAUUCACCAUGAACGGAGGAAGGCACACUGGGGAUGGGAAGUGCUGCGAGCUCGAGUGAACUUCAGAAGGCUUCCGGUUCUUCAGCUCUCCUGCGGGGAAGGAUGGCGCCUGGGCAGCCCCCUCCCCCCUUGCUGAUGGCAGCCCGCGCUCUUUCCGCCUUUUGCCAGCUCAGCUUCGCUCCGGCACGUGACCCCUUUUCCAAUGACGCUUAGGAAAUGACGCGACCAGCUCAGCUGCUGACUGGCUGCACUGAGACAGACUGCCUUCUUCGGGGCUUUUUGGAUGCUGAAGCCCUAAAGUGAGGGAGCAGAGGAAGGGAGCCUUAUCUGUCUGUCUAUCGGAGGUUUUUAUAGACUCUUCCCUUCAGCGUAUACUCUCAGAACAGUUUGCAAAUAAUUGAAAUAACACUUCCUCCCUGAAAUCUUUUCUUGUUUGGUCACAAAGUCAUGCCUGACCCCUCGCAGCCACAUGGACCGCUGCACCCCAGGCUCUCCCGUCCUCCACUGUCUCCCGGAGCUCCCCACGCCCACCACGCCGUCCAGCGUGACCCCAUCCAGCCACCUCCUCCUCUGCUGUCCCCUCCUCCUCUUGCCUUCAGUGGUUCCCAGCAUCAGGGUCUUCUCCAGAAGCCAGCGCUCUGCCAGGCAGACUAGCGAGUGGGCAGUGGAGCAGCCACAAUGGCCUCGGUCCGGGAAGUGUCCAGCAUCGCCGAGGACCUUCUGUGUCCCAUCUGCCUCAGCAUCUUCCAGGACCCCCAUAUGCUCGCCUGCAGCCACAACUUCUGCUUCUCCUGCCUGGAGAGCUGCUUCACCGCCAAGGGGCAGCAUAAAGGAUUGUGCCCCGAGUGCCGUGCCCCCUUUGACCUUCAGGAUGCUGUGCGCAACAGGGUCCUGUCCAACCUGUCUGAGAAGGCCCAGCUCCUCAAGCUGGAAGAGGGUCUCCCUGCCGGCGGGGCUGGGAAUCACUAUUUUUGUGAGGAGCACGAGGAGCCGCUUAAACUCUUUUGCAUCCAGGACGAGGUGCCCAUCUGCGUGAUCUGCCGGGACCUGCCCCAGCAUCAAGGCCACAGCUUUUUGCCUUUCAGGAAUGCUGUGAAAGUUUAUCAGGAAAAGCUGAAGGCGUCUCAAACGCUUCUGGAGAAUGGGGAGAAGUGGGCUGCAGAAACUCAGUCUCAGCAGCUGAAGGAGAUGGAGAAACUGGAGAACCAGAGCCUGAAUCUAUGUGGCAACAUCUUCAUUGGGUUUGAGGAACUCCGUGAAAUUUUGAACGAGCAAGAGGAAAGCAUGUUGGAGACUGUAAAAGAAAUGAAGGAGGACAACCUGGCCAGAAUGACCAAGAGGCUGGAGUAUCUGAAAGCAUAUGCAGCGUCUCACACUGAGACCAUUUCCAGCAUCCGAGCCGCACUGAAGUUAACUAGUGAAUUUGCUUUCCUGAAGGGCACCAAGGAACUGCUGGGACGAAUCCAGGAUUGUCUAAAUGAAAAAGGUGGUGAAGCAGAUGAGGGAAGCCAGAGGGCUAAGGAAGAUGAAGAGAAACAGAGCCAAGCUGAGCAGGAUAAUGAAAACCGGGCUGGGAGCAAAGGAGACCAAGUCCUUGAUGGUGAAGGAGAAGCUGAUGAAGAAGCCACUCGGUAUGCUGAGGAAGAUGAGGAGGGAGACAUCGUGCCCAUUGAUCCAGGCCUUGAAGAGCUGCAAGAGUUCCUUCAUUUUGAGAGCUGGAAGGAAAUGGUGAGAAGCAUUGGCCUCAGGGAGGUGGAUGUCCCAGACUCUGUUCACGACUUCCCACCCCCGGAGGAAGAUAUGCUCCCACCUGAAGGCAGCAGCACCUGUGAGGCAGCCAAGGAAGAAGCAGAAGCCGCUGUGGCCAGGCCUGCAGAAGCCAGCCCCUGCGCCCCAGGCAGAGGGUCCCUUGGUGGGCACAGCAGUGGACCAAGGUCCACGCAUAGGAUGCCGGGCUCAUUGUUCAGCGUUCCACGGCAUCCAUUCCCACCGUUGCCCUUUUGCAGUUGGGCACCCAUGCAAACGUGGAGGGCUGCCAGGGCACAUAGAGGAACACCUCAAAAGCCACAGGGCUGGCACACAUGGCGAGACUGGGCAGAUCCUUGGAAGCAGUUCUCCCACCCCCAGCAGGGGCAAGGCAGGAGAUACCCUCAAGGCAUGCAGAGAGCCCAAGCCAGUGGUGGGGAGUCUUCAAAGAAAGAGCCCCCCAAGCCCAGAGAAGCCCAUGCUUCAGGGCAAAGGAAGGAGGAGUUUAAUAAGCACAUGGCUCAAUCCAGCAGGGCCCCUGCUGCGGGGCAAGGCCAGGGGGCUGUGAGGAACCCACCAGCCCGCCACCCAGGCAAAGCCUCAGGAGGGAGGGGGGCUCAGAGCAGGCCACAGACACCCCACCGUGGGGGCUACGGUCGUGGCUGGGGCUCUGGCUCAGCAAGAGGCGCCUGGAACAAAUAGCUACUCUUCCUCAGAAGUGUCCACAUUUCCUCACUAAUAGAAGGUGCUUGUCUAAACAUGCUAAUGAAGGGAGCAAGCGACUGUUUGUUCCAGAGCUCCUUUGGGGCACAUGGACUGCAUGGCCCUUGCACCAUUCACUUUCCCAGCCUCUGUUUUGAGGGCUGCAGUGUGGAGUUGACUGAGCUGUUUAUCUCUUUAGGGUCCUUUUCUAUCUUGUCUUGAUCUGCCGGGAAAGAGAAAAGGAGUGUGCAGGCAAAGACCAGCCUCCAACAAUACAGACUCUGUUUACAUGUUGGGGUUGGAUCCAAAUGUAGGCACACCUAAAGCUGACCUCUUGAAAUCAGUGGGGCACACAAUAGUCACAACUAGCUCUAUGGUCCACUGAUUUCAGUGGAUCCGUUUGACAUGUGACACAGUUGUUUCUCUCAGGACACAGCUCGGGUAUCUUUACAUGUUGAAGAUACCCAAGAUGUUCCGCCUUCACAUCUUCACAAGGCAGAAUGCACAGGGUUUUCUCUAACAGAUGUGGGAGGGGGGAAUCACUGCUGCUCUGAAAAGACAUCCCCACCUAAGGCCAUUGGUUGAGAAGUGGUGACGUCAUAUAACGCUAACAAAUGUUGUGCUUCAUCAAGAGAAUGGACGAUUGCCGAAUCACGUGGUUAUAUCGUGCGACAUUUGCUGUGUGUGUUCAGUAUAGUUUUAUUGUUUGUAGCUGAUGGCUGUGUUGUAACACCACAGCUGUAUGAGAAAUAAGAGAGACUUAUCUAUUCAA